UUGAAAUAAAAAAAAAUACAAAACAAAAAAAAUAUUUUUCUUAAACAAUAUUUUUCAAUACUUAUAAAAUAAUCUUGUAAAAUAUAAAGAAUUAAAUUAAAAUAACUAAGAAAUGUCAGAAACUUUAACCAGCCAAGAACUAAAAGCCUUAAAAGAAAUGCCCUCAUCCCCGGAAAUGGGAGAAUUGCGUAAGAUUACCACUUUACAGGACAUACCCUUGGCCGAAGGUGACUGCAGGCAGCAGCUAGAUUUUCAAAACUCAACUGAAAUUGAAGCUGAAAGUAAAUUGAAAACCAAUUCCCUUAAAAGAUUCUUUCGUUUGCCCAUGAAAAAGAAAACCGAACAGGAGGAAUGUUUGGAGGGCGCUACUUCACAUAUAGAAUUUGAAAAAGCUAAUUCUAAUAAUAUGGCUGGGAGUAACAAGGAAAUGACGGCCUCAGUUUCAAAAGCCAAUUUAAAAUCCUCUUUAUCCAGCUAUUGGAAUUCGGUGUUCAAGCUAAAGAAAUCUAGGAAAUCUUCAAAAAGCCAAAAGGAAUUGGAACAGGCAGCUACAUCUAAUGCUGAAACAAAUUCUGCUAAUGAUCUUCAAAAUAAUGAGACAUCCAGUAUUUUAGAGGAAAUUCAUAAUUUAAAAAUUUCCGAGGAAUCCCAAACUAAAUAAUCAUUUACUUUAAUGUUUUUUUUUUUAAAUUCUUUUGUUUAAAUUUGAAAAAUAAAUUUUUUGUGGUUUUGUUUUGGUGUAUGGUAA